AAUAAUUCCCAAUGUCUCCCCCAAUACGUGGACAGCUGAUGUAUUUUGUUGACAAAAUGUCAAGUAUAUUUGUUGAAAAACCCACUUAACAAUAAUGGGUUCGAGAAUCCAAAAAGGGGCAUUGGGUUCAUUGAUUAAUAUUCACUGGUUUCCCCUCGCCUCCCAGGGUAAUGUGUACUCAAUGUCCAAGUUGUGUUCGCCCAGUGGGGUUAACAGGAUCCUCGUGGCAUCCUUGAAACGCAGAAUAUACUCCUGCGAGUACCACAGGGUCAAUGACGACGUCCUCAGGCCGAUCGUCAAGGAGUUGCUCUUCACGUACAUCCCAAAUGGGGCUGAGAUAAUAUCGAUUGAUGCAUUCAAUAAGCAGCCACAUGACGAGGAAUUCACGAUCGGUAUAACGAUAAUAAAACCCAGUGGUGAGGGUACCGUUGAGCGGUACCUCAAUAUUUAUUCGGAAACAGCUGGGGAUGGGGAUAAUGGAGAGACUUCGAUUGAAACUAUUGCUCAGAAUUGCCUGUCCAUGGAGCUCACUUAUGUACCUUAUCUGCUGUAUCACACGUUGAUUUGUGAUAGAGAAAUUGGGGGAGAGAUUGUCUGGCUAAUUUCUGGCAACGACAACCAAAUACAUAUGAUCAGAGAGGACAAACUGAUUCACGGCUACGUUGAGUCACGAAUCGACAAGUACUUCCCCGAAUUGAUUAACCUCCAAGCCCUGGUUCUAGGAAUAAGCGUUUAUUACUAUCAGGACAACAAAAUGAGAUUGACUGCAAUUGGUUGUGAGUGUGGGCUCGUGAGAGUGACUCAGGUGGACGUUGAGAGUUCUAAGGUUCUAAAAGAAUGGGUCUUGAGGUAUGACAGACCUGUAUCGAGUGUUCAGAUAUUCUCUCGUUAUAAUUCAGUGCCAUGUGACGUAAUCCCGACUGAAGGAGGUGGAGGGAAAGGGGAGGAUCCACCAAUUUUGGAUAUUUUGAUUGUUAAUUCCAUCAAUUCGACUAUUGUCUUCAUGGAUGUCUUGCGUUCUGGGAUGAAAAAUCAAGCGAUACUGCCCUCGAUGGAGUCCACAGACUCCACAUUAUCGUCCUGCAUUGCCGAUAUUAACAUGGACAGUGUCAAUGAGAUAUUAUUAGGUACCUACAGCCAAGAAGUUUUCGUAUAUUCAUUUUCUAGUCAGAAUUCUUCUUGGAUGCUCUUGGACAAACGAAAAUUCGAUGCUCCAGUGCAUUCUAUGUGUUAUUUAGACUUGACUGGAGAUGGGAUGAAAGAACUCGUUGUUCUGACCCAGAGAGGUGUUUAUAUAUUACAGCACGAUCAGACAAAGGUAAAUCGUCUCCUGGAGGAGCGGAUGAAGGAGUUGACUAUAAGACUGUCUAAAUCUUUCCACGAAACUUGAACUCUAAUUGAAGCUCAUUGUUUUUGUUACGAUUAUUGGGUAUUAAACUGU